GAGAGAAGCUGACGCACCGUUAUUUACCGGACCGUUAACUUUCCUCCUCAAGCUUUUCCAACACAGCCUACAUGCUCCGUUAGACCAGGGAGAGACAACUGAAAGAUAGUUUGGUAACAGUUUGACCACUGAAGAGCUGACAAUUCCUCCUGGUUGUUUUUCCCCACUUCUUUUUCUUUUUGGACACUUUAACCGCGUUAUUACGCAUGAUGCGCAAAGGGAUGGCUCCUCUUCGGAGAAACAACACGGGAAUACAACAUGUUUUUUACGUAUAUCUCUCUAUUUCAGUGGCUUAUUCUUACAAUAUAGACUUAGAACAUCCUUUGGUGUUCAGCGGACCAAAUUCUAGUUUUUUUGGCUAUUCUGUGCUGGAGCAUUAUCAUGACAACACACGCUGGGUAAUAGUAGGGGCUCCGAAGGCAAACUCUACUUACAGUAGCUCUGUGCACUCUCCUGGAGCUGUAUACAAGUGUCGAGUUCACAGCAACCCAGAGCGCCGCUGCACAGAGAUGGAUCUGGGGAGAGGAAACAGGCCGAGGGAGUCGUGUGGUAAGACGUGUCAAGGAGACAGGGAUGAUGAGUGGAUGGGGGUAAGCCUGGCCCGCCAGGAUAAAGCCAAUGGCAAAAUACUGGCCUGUGCUCAUCGCUGGAAAAACGUCUUCUACGAAAACGAGCAUAUCCUUCCACACGGAUACUGCUCCAUCAUUCCUCCCACUCUUCAGGGCAGGACGAAGCCGCUCAUCCCUUGUUAUGAAGACUAUAAGCGGAAGUAUGGGGAAGAGCACGGGUCGUGCCAAGCUGGGAUAGCGGGAGUUUUUACGGAGGAGCUGGUGGUGAUGGGGGCACCGGGGUCAUACUACUGGACUGGGACCAUCAAGGUGUACAACCUGACUUCUGACUCUUUCUCCAGCCCGAACAAAGAAGACGUGGACUCACACAGAUACAGCUACCUUGGAUAUGCCGUCACUGCGGGACACUUCUCCUCUCCUAAUCUGAUAGACAUAGCUGCAGGGGCGCCUCAGCACAGUGGCAGUGGAAAAGUUUACAUCUUCAAAAUCGACGGUGCGUCUUUGGUGAAGAGUUUUCAAGCUUCAGGGAAAAUGGUAUGA